UGCCAGAGCCCCGUGGCUGCACAGCACCACAAGGACCGAGCAGUCAGUCCUUGAGCACAACUGUUGCGGCAGCAGCGGCGGUGGCAGCAGUGGUGCUGACAUUGGGACAGCGGUGUCAGGACAGCGGUGGCAGCAAGAGCUGCGGGACUGGCAGAGGGCGAGGCACCAUGGCCCUUGCUCUACGCCUCUUCCUCCUGCUCCUCCUGGCCGUGGCCCUGCCUGCCAGGGCUGCCCAGGCUGCUCCGUUGCAAGUGCGGGGAGCAGAUUGGGACCAUAACUUACACGAUCUGGAUGCCCUGCUGGAUGACAGUUUGAAAAUGUUGGAGAAUGCUGGAGAUAACCCUGUUGCUGAAAGUGAUCUGGCUUCCCAGCCCAUAUCCAUUACUGAGCCUCUGGGAGAUGCUGAGGGUGUGUCUGCAAGGAGGACUUUUCCUGCUCCUUUGGUGGAUGUUGCACGCAAGCCCAGCUCCCAUCGCAGGGGUCCUCUAGCGGGAAAGAACAAAACUACAGGACACAAGAAACCCCACGGGCCAUCCGAACACAUGAGGCAAAUGCUGGCGGAAAUGGAACAGGCAGGACAAGAGAUGGAAGGAGAGGCUGUGCUGAAGGCUGCAUUUCCCAGAGGAAGCAGUGAUUCUGUGCCAGCCUCUGCUGCAGGAAGGGAGGCGAUGCCAGGCACAGUCACUGGAGCUUGGGAGCAUGACUUGCAUCAUUUGGAAAGACUGGCAAACCAUGGUUUAAGGGUCUUGGAGCUUGGUGAAGCUGAACCUGUUGCUGAAGGAGGUGCAGCUUCCCAACCCAUACCCAGUACUGACCCUCUGGGAGAUGCUGAGGGUAGGUCAAGGCCUUUCCCCCUGGGAGAGCUGCCAGCUCAGAGCCCAAAGCUCGGCCAGGGGGGCAUCGCUGCAGGUGCCAGGACAGAACCACGUGUGUCUGCAGGGAGGACUUUCCCAGGUCCUUUGGUGGAUGUUGCACGCAAGCCCAGCUCCCAUCGCAGGGGUCCCCUGAGAAGGAAGAAUAAACCUAUAGGACGUAGUAAGACCCUGGAGGAAUCCAAAAAUCUGGAAGAAAUCCGGAGUGAUGUGGAGAGACGUCGAGAUGCAGCCAGCACCUCAACACAUGCUAACAGGACCUGGAAAAACAUGAGAAGAGUUUUCUGCUGGGGAACACCUUGUUUGGUCAAGUUGAUGGCCAUUGUGGCUGGUGCAGCAGUUUGCCUGAUGAUUUGCUCUGCUGGAAUCUGGUAUUCCUGGAAGAGGAAAUGGCACCACCUUGUAGAAAAGCUGAAUGCUUGUGACUGGUUCCAAGACCUCUACAGCUGGAGGAGCAACAGCAGCAGCCUUGAUUCUUAUUAGUUUUCAUUUGCACCUCCAAGCUCUGUGCUGCUUUGAGGCCACAGGCCCAGCCCUCCAUCCAGGCCAUAAGGUGAAAGCCCCAGAAAAUGAUUUGGAAGUGGUCACCUGAAGCUUGACUGAAAGAUUCCCAAAUCAGCUCUUCGGUUGCAAUAAAGAGAUGGAGCUGUCACCCCUGUGUCUGGGUGGUACCACCAGCAAAGCCCAGCCGGCACCAGCACUGGCUGAGCUCCAUGCCCAGGAGCAGCUGUGGAUGCCCACGGUGAGGGCAGGCAGGAGCCAGGCAGGGGCUGCUGUGAGCAGCGGUGGGGCCCCGAGGGGCUGGGGGAGCCCAGGGGGCAGGCAGCAGCCUGGGGCUCCUGAGAGAAAGCAACCACAUUUUGUCUUUGUUUUUCAUUUUUAGAAAUUAGACAUUUUUAGAAAAAAAUAGAAGUAUGUUUUGUACAAAGAAAACCCCAAAUAUUUCUUCCAGAUUACUAUAGUAGUAAAGGAUUUUUCAAAGUAGUUUUAGAAUCCUGAAAAAGCACCCCUAUUUUGUCUUCGCUUUUCACUUUUAUAAGUAUUUAAAAAUAUUUUUUGAAGAGA